AAAACAUCAAUGAUGAGAGGGAAGGGGCACUAGUGGGCGCAGGUUAAGCACGUGGCUUCUUCCUGUCUCAUUUUGCACGCUGCCAUGGCUUCGUCUUAUGUGUUAGUAACUCACUCACAAGACACCGCAGAUUGCCUUUCAUAGCCUUCUACACUUGAAAGUUGGAGAAACCAUACAAUUUUUUUCGAUAUUACAAAAGCCUUACUAUAUUCAGACAUUUUUUAAAAAAAAUUACAGAGUUUUCUUUUCCCUAUGUACUCAAGUUGAAUUUUCCGAUGAAUGAUUGGGAGAUGUUUGUGAAGAGUAUCAAAAGCGUUAAAUUUCAGGUAGCUGUCUCAGAAAAAGAACAUUUAUAUAUUCGAGUGUGUGAGACAGUGUUUCUACUUUAGAGUAAGGCAGUGAGAGAGAGAGAGAGAGGGAGAGAGAGAGAGAGAGAGAGUUGUUUUAUGGUUGAUCGAGUCGGUGAGAGCUUCAGAAUACUUAAAUAUUGAUGGGAUUGCAAUGGUUUUGAUUCCUUGUUUAUAUAUCCUAAUCUGAUGGGUAUCUGUCUUUUCCAUGAUUUCGUCUUCUGGGCUUUGAUUCCUUUUAUCCUUUCUUCUUGGACAACCUCUCCUCUCCAGUAAAAUCGUUUGUUUUUACUUCCUAUAUAGAAGAUUUUGAAACUUUCUGGAGUUUGAGCUCUUCUUUCUUUCCUUUUCUGGUUAUGGUUUGCUUUUAGGUGAAGAAAAAACCCAACCCAUAAAACAAAAGCAAAAUCAGUCAUGAAGUUUAUGAAACUAGGAUCUCGGCCUGACACUUUCUACACUAACGAGGCUGUAAGGUCUGUCUCUUCUGAAGUCACUAGUGACCUUGUAGUCCAAGUGAAAGGAAGUAGAUAUCUACUUCACAAGUUUCCCCUCUUGUCCAAGUGUUUGCGGUUGCAGAGGAUAUGUUCCGAAUCCCCUGAAACAUUACAGCACCAGAUAGUCCAAUUACCCGACUUCCCUGGUGGAACUGAGGCGUUUGAGCUUUGUGCUAAGUUCUGUUAUGGUAUCACAAUCACUUUCAGCGCCUAUAACAUCGUAGCUGCACGAUGUGCGGCUGAAUACUUGCAGAUGACCGAAGAUGUGGAGAAGGGGAAUUUAGUUUACAAGCUCGAAGUUUUCUUCAAUUCCUGCAUCUUACAUGGUUGGAGGGACUCUAUUGUGACUCUUCACACCACCAAAGCCUUUCCUUUAUGGUCUGAAGACCUUCGGAUUACGAGCAGAUGUAUCGAAGCCAUUGCUUCGAAAGCUUCCACACACCCUUUCAAGGUGAGCUUGUCACAUAGUCAUUCGAGAAGGGUCCGAGAUGAUGUAUCAUGUAAUGGCGUAGAGGGCCAGCGGCAACGACCAGCAGCCAAAGGUUGGUGGGCUGAGGACAUUGCUGAGUUGGGUAUUGACCUUUACUGGAGAACCAUGAUUGCAAUUAAAUCUGAUGGCAAAAUACCCUCUAAUCUCAUUGGCGAAGCAUUGCAAAUCUAUGCAUCUAGAUGGCUACCUAAUAUUUCAAGAAGAAUAAAAGCUAACAGAGAACCAGCAGGGUCCAACUCGGAUUCGGACUCAGCUAGUGAGGUUACUUCAAAGUCUAGGCUGCUGUUGGAAUCAAUAGUGAGUUUGCUCCCAUCGGAGAAAGGCGCUGUUUCGUGCAGUUUUCUACUUAAACUCUUGAAAGCAGCCAACAUUCUUAAUGUUUCAUCUUCUUCAAAAAUGGAAUUGGCUCGAAGGGUGGCACUUCAGGUAGAGGAAGCAAGAGUCGGUGAUUUGUUAAUACCCUCCUUAUCAAGCUCAAGCAAUACCCUCUAUGAUGUAGACAUAGUCCUUAUAAUUUUGGAGCAAUUCAUGUUACAAGGACAGAGUCCACCAACUAGCCCUCCAAGAUCGAAGCUGGGGACUGAAAGGAGAAGACGAUCUCGUUCAGCCGAGAACAUCGAUUUUAAGCUUCAGGAAAGUAGGAGAUCUUCUUCAGCAUCACACAGUUCCAAACUGAAAGUAGCCAAAAUUGUAGAUGGGUAUCUGCGACAGAUUGCCAAGGACAUAAAUUUACCUCUAUCAAAAUUCAUUGCAGUAGCCGAGACAAUCCCCGAUUUCUCCAGGCUCGACCAUGACGAGCUUUACAGAGCCAUUGACAUUUAUCUCAAGGCACACCCUGACCUAAACAAGAGUGAAAGGAAAAAACUGUGCCGCGUUCUAGACUGCAAAAAGCUCUCUGUUGAGGCCUGCAUGCAUGCUGCACAAAAUGAAAAACUUCCGCUUAGAGUAGUGGUACAAGUUCUGUUCUUCGAGCAAGCUCGAGCUGCGACGACCGGGGGCAAAGGGACUGACCUCCCUAGCAACAUUAAGGCACUUUUAGCCUCUCAUAACAUUGAUCCAUCAAAGCCUCCAAGGGCUUUAAGCACUACUACUAGCAUUCCAGGACAUGACCAAUGGAGUACUGUCUCAGGCCUUAGAUCACCAAAGUCCAGAAUCUCAACAUUAAGGAUGAAGCUUGCCGAAGAUGAUGAUUUGGACGAAAAUGAUAUGAACCCUGAUGGAAUGGGAAGGCCUUCCAAGUUUAAAGGUUUCUGUGCUCUACCUACAGGACCCAAAAAAAUGUUCAGUAGGUUGCUGUCCACCAAUAGAAAUGCCACUGAAAAGAGUUGAGUGAUAUUUUGUUCAUUUCCAAGUUGGGGAUGGUAAUUUUAAGGGUAAAAAUAUACACUCUUCAAUUUUUUUUCCCUUCCUUUUUGGUUCUUUGAACAAAUUGCCUUGUAAGUUUAGCAGAGAAACAGAGAAUCUCAAUGUGCAUUGUUGAUGUAACCUAAAAUAAUAAGAAUCAGAAUUUCCAGGAGAAACUGGAAUUUCUCCUUGUUGAACUUGAA